UUAAUUAUAACUAACAAAGCGGAAUAAAAAAAUGCUUGAAAAUGUACAAUUCUGCAUUUAUUUUCGAACAUUUAGAUAUAAACCAUGAAAGAUGAUGUUAAAGCGGAACCAUAGAGUGGCAGAGUGACCGUUUCCCAUCGGACGACGUUCAGUGCAACUUCCGUUUGGCGGUUCCGACCGUUUCAUCGGUAGAUUUAAUUUAUUUAAUUGCUCCCCACCCCCCCGGGAUGCCUUCUGAAAGUCUACGAUGGGAAACUUUACAGGCUUUGAGGAAUUCGACAAAAGGAAAAGUCACAUUCGACCCGCACUGGUCGGAAAGAGGCGAGCAUAUUUUGGCAGGUUGCAAAGAAAACCUGAGCUUGUCGCCGCACACUGGAGUUAUUUUGGAGCGUAUCGACUCAGUAUCCCUGCAGAAGUCCUCCUUCCUGGACUCUAAUGUCGACUUGGAAGAGACUGCAGCCUCGGCUUCCUCCACAGGAUCCUCCACUGACCUGAACAACAAACACAACACAACGUCUUCAGUUUUAUCAUUAAGGAGCGAUAACAAGCAGGCUGUUGGUGAGGAGGUGAAGGAUGAAAGUCCAGAUGUCAGGGAAGUUUCCAGUCCUGUGUCACCUCCCGCCAUUUCCCUGCUUUCACCUAAAGCCAUGGAAACCGUCGGACGUAUCAUCCGAUUCGAACAGGAGCAGCGAGAAAAGGCCAAGGUGGCGCUCAGACAGCGGGAGGAGAUGAAUGAGAAGCUGGUGGCGGUGGUGGCGAACGCCGAGUCGGAGCAGCUGAAACGCUUCGAGGAGCUGAUGGAGCUGAAGCAGAGGCAGGAGUUCCAGAUUAUGAGGGACAUGAUGGACAGAGAAACCAAAGAGAGCAUGGGGCGUCAAGAGAAGCUGAAGGAGGAGCAGCGACACAGAAUAAGGAUCCUCAACCUUCGUUUGAGGGAGGCGGAGCAGCAGCGGCUCCGGGAGGCGGAGCUUGAGAAGCAGCGGCAGACGGAGGGCAGAGAGAACCUGCGAAACCUCAACAGCAUCCAGGAGGAGAUCCUGCAGCUCAACCAGCUGCUGGAACCGUCCACACAGACCGACUCGGACCUGCCAGCGUCCAGCCUGGACUCCUACAGGACCCGGGGGAACCAGCUGUGCUCCCAGGUGUCGGAGGUCGUGAGAAAGACCGCAGAGGGAGAGUUUCCAAGCUCGGAGGACAUGAUGGUCGCAGAGCGAGCUCUCCGGGAGAUGAGGGAGCUGAUGCAGCAGAUGCAGGAGGAGGGGUCGAAGGCUCGAGAGAAGAAGAAAAAGGAGCAGGAGCAGGCCGAGGAGCGCAGGAAGCAGAAGGAGCUGCAGGUGCAACAGGAAGUGCAGAGGAAGGCGGAGCAGGCGGCCAAGGAAAAAGCACAGAAAAAAGACAAAGAAACUGAAGCUGGAGCUGCAGAAAGCAGCCACCAUCCCCAUCAGCCAAAUCUCCACCAACUCCGGCUCGCAGCUCAGAGAAAUCUUCGAGCGUCUGGACAAGCUGCUGUCCGGACGAGCCGUGGUGUCCGGCGGGAGGUCCGUGUCCACCUCGCAGCACCCGCAGGCUCUGGAGUUUGUCGGCUACAAGCUGGCGGAGAAGUUUGUGAAACAAGGUGAGGAGGAGGUGGCGUCUCAUCACGAGGCAGCCUUCCCCAUCGGUGCCGUGGCCUCUGGGAUCUGGGAGCUGCACCCACAGGUGGGGGACCUCAUCCUGGCCCACCUGCACAAGAAGUGUCCCUACUCGGUCCCGCACUACCCUCCGAUGAAGGACGGCACGCCCGUGGAGGAGUACCAGAAAAUCCUGGGUUACCGCGUGGACGACGCCGGGGUCGAAGGUCAGGACAGUUUUCUGAAGAGGAUGUCCGGGAUGAUCCGACUCUACGCCGCUCUGAUCCAGCAGAAGUGGCCCUACGGCUCCAAGCAAGGGUCCGCUCCUCACGGCUUGAACCACGGCUGGCGCUGGUUGGCUCAGAUGCUGAACAUGGAGCCUCUGGCAGACAUCACUGCCACGCUGCUGUUUGACUUUCUGGAGGUUUGUGGCAACGCGUUGAUGAAACAGUACCAGGGUCAGUUCUGGAAGCUCAUCCUGCUGCUGAGAGACGAGUACUUCCCCAGGAUUGAAGCCGUGACCAGCAGUGGACAGAUGGGCUCCGUCAUCAGACUGAAGCAGUUCCUGGAGACGUCCCUGCAGAACCGACAGAUCAGUCCGCCCAAAGGCCAGCUGAGCUCCACGUUCUGGAGGUUGUGACGGAGGACGAGUUCCUGAAAGAACUGAAUGAAACAGCUGCCGGAGUGACGGAACCUCAGUGAGGGAAGGAGGGCGGCUUCUGUAGCUUCUCUGGAUCUUAGGAGAGUUUCUUCACAUCGGAGGACUCUACCCGGUGUUUAUACUUUUUAAUUCAUAUCCUUAAACUAAAGGAAGGGGGGGGGGGGGGCACAUGCCAGAUGUAUUAAAGUCCAGAUAUUCACCUUUUAGUUUCUUUAUCUCACUUCAACACUAAGAAACUAUCCAGGAUCUGUUGUCCACAUUCUAAUAAUGAACUCGAGCACAAAACGUCUGUCCAGUCACCGUCCAGAAGCUUUUUGUGACGUGAGAAUGAGGUGAGGUGUCGCUGUCUGAAGCGUGUUAAUCUUCCAGAUUUGUGCGUUUUAAGCAAAAAUAUUUCCUCAUAUUUUGUUACCACAGAAAACCUGAAUUUAGCUUUUUUUUUUAAAUCAUAGAAGUUGAUAAAUUUGAACUUUUUGCUAUUUUUUCAUAAAUUAAUUUGUG